AUGGAACGCAUUACAAAGCAGGGGAGCAACAAGACUGAGUUGUGUUGUCCGGAUUGGGAGGUUGCACAAAAUGAGACUUUUUUCCUCUGCAAUUGCACCAUGGCACGAUGCAUUGAAAACAACACAAUUGAAAUAGUUCCUUAUGAGUGCCCACCUCUUGAAGACAUAAAAUGUAGCAACGGAAAGAAACCAGUACCAGUGUAUGAUGAAUAUUACUGUUGUCAAUAUAUGGCUUGUGAUUGUGUGUGCGAGGGCUGGGGAGAUCCUCAUUAUAUAACCUUUGAUGGAUUAUCACAAGUGAUAACACUAAAGAACCAUAAUCUCAUCGGGGCUGCUCAGCUAGAGGCAAUCAAAGACGGAAUAACACUGACAUUACCAUACUCACUGGGAGGAGUUAAGGUCAUGUCCACUGGCAUAAAUUUAGUUUAUGAGAUUCCCCAUCUCAAAGUGGUCAUUACUUUUGGUAUAACUGGAUUUACCUUGAAUCUUCCAUAUGAAACUUUUGGUAGAAACACCCAAGGCCACUGUGGGACCUGCAACAACAACCAGGCAGACGAUUGCAUGUUACCUAGUGGUCAGCUGGCCGGGAGCUGUGAUGUGAUGGCUGACUAUUGGCUCGCACAUGAUAUUUACCAACCAAGCUGCCAGAUACCCUCUGUGGUACCAACAAGCAACCCUGGACCACCUCCAACGAUGAUUCCCUGCAAGCCAGACUCAAUGUGUGACAUGCUUUAUAGCAGUGUGUUUGCCGAGUGCCACGCGCUUGUCUCACCGGACAGAUUCUAUCAAGGUUGUGCAUUUGAUAGCUGCCAUGUUGCCAAUCCCGCAGUUGAGUGUACGAGUCUGCAGACGUACGCUGCUGCAUGUGGCCAGGCUGGAGUUUGUCUGCACUGGAGGAACCACACCACACUCUGUAGCAGCGAUUGUCCAUCAACCAAAGUGUACAAACCCUGUGGCCCUGCUGAACAGCCAACAUGUGAUGACAAAGCAAAUGAGCCCACUUUGAACUUCACCACAGAGGGUUGCUUUUGUCCAGAUGGAACGAAGCUCUUCAAUAAGGACUCUGGCAUAUGUGUCAGCAAAUGUGGAUGUCUGGAUCCUGAGGGCAAUCCCAGAGAAUUUAAUGAAAGGUUUGAAUAUAAAUGCCAAAACUGCAUUUGUGAGGAGGCCACUAAAGCUGUGACAUGUAAACCAAAAGUAUGCCCUCCUUCACCAACAACAAACUGCUCUGUACCCGGAUUUGUCGUUGUCAACCAAACCAAUCCCUCAGAUCCCUGCUGUUCAACCUUAAUUUGCCAAUGCCAAAGCAACACAUGUCCAGUGUACAGCAUGAACUGCCCAGUUGGCUACACACCUGUUAUUGGUGUCCCAGAGGGAAAGUGCUGUCCAGAGCACACAUGUGAACCUAAAAGAGUUUGUGUGCACAAAGGAAUUGAAUACCAGCCUGGAUUACCUAUUCCUGGAGCGGGCAUGUGUCAGGACUGUUCAUGCACCCAUGAGGUGGACCCACAUACUGGUCUGUUCAAAAUUUACUGUGAAUAUCAACAGUGUAAUGAAAAAUGUGACACGGGAUAUGAGUAUGUUGAGCCUGUUGGAGAUGAAUGCUGUGGAAAGUGUGUCCAAACACAUUGUAUCUUUAAUAUUAAUGGCACAAAGCACAUUCUCAAGCAUGGAGCUAGCUGGUCUACAACUAACAAUAAGUGUGAGCAUUUCACUUGUAUUAAGAGUGGUGAUGUUUUCACUGCUAUUAGUUCACAAAUUAUCUGCCCAACCUUCCAGGAGAGCAUCUGCCAGCCAGACACUAUUCAAACUGCGGCAAAUGGCUGCUGUAAGACAUGUGUGGAGAGGGAGAAAGCCUGCAAAUUGGUGUCUAUGAGAACUCUUCUCACACACAAGGACUGCCAGUCUUCAGAGGCUGUAGAAGUACCAUAUUGUGAAGGUUCUUGCAACACUUUCACCAAAUACUCCUCAGCAUCAGACAACAUGCAGCACUCCUGUGCCUGCUGUAAAGAGACGCGUUUCAGUAACCGCACUGUGGACCUGCUCUGUCUGAACGGCGAUGUGGUUCAUCACUCGUACAUUCAUGUUGAGGCGUGUGGCUGCGGACAAACGGACUGCACCAGAGCUGCCCCACUGGGCCGCAAGAGAAGAAGCAUCUCAGUGGUCUAA